AUGCGGAUGAGUCGCAAAAAGUCGUCCGCUUACAACGUUAAGCUCCCUGCACCCCGCCACCUUCGAUCUUUCUUAAACAGCAGCAUCCGCCAUGGUGUUCAUCUCUCAACAAAAAAGAUGGAGCAGACCCACAAUGCAGAUCACUUUAAGGCAGCUUAUAGUCAAGGCUACUCUGCGGACGUGGACACAAUCCGGGAACAGGAAUAUCCCUUAUUGAAUGAAACAACGUACUUAGACCAUGCAGGAACUACAAUAUAUGCAAAGUCCAUGAUCGAGGCUUUCUCACGGGACAUGACUUCGAAUCUUUUUGGCAAUCCCCAUUCCAUGUCACUAUCGUCGCAACUAUCCACACAGCGGACGGAUGAUAUUCGCCUUCGGGUUCUUCGCUUCUUCAAUGCAGACCCAGAAGAGUAUGAUCUGGUUUUUGUUGCUAAUGCAACUGCAGCAAUUAAGCUCGUGGCAGACUCAAUUCGAGACUCCGACCACCGAGGGUUCUGGUACGGCUACCAUAUUGAUGCUCACACCAGCUUGGUCGGUGUGCGAGAAGUUGCGGACCUUGGUCACCAGUGUCUCCAAGGAGAUGAAAAGGUAGAUUCCUGGAUUUCAGAGUUGGCUACGACUCAAACAAAAGCACCCAUGCUAUUUGCCUACCCUGCCCAAUCGAAUCUGAACGGCCGUCGCCUUCCUCUUAGAUGGUGUGAGGAGGUCCGCUCGGCCGCAAGCACAUCGGGAGCCAAUGUAUUUACAUUACUUGACGCGGCCUCCCUGUUAUCUACUUCACCGUUGAACCUGAGCUCAGCAAGCCCGGACUUCACGGCGCUGAGCUUCUACAAGAUUUUCGGAUUUCCAGACCUGGGUGCCUUGAUCGUCCGAAAGAGCGCCGCCCGCAUCUUCGAGAGAAGAAGGUACUUCGGUGGAGGUACAGUGGACAUGGUUGUCGCUACAGGCGCUCAGUGGCAUGCCAAGAAGGAGACGUCGCUCCAUGAGCGCCUGGAAGAUGGUACUCUCCCAUUUCACAAUAUUAUCGCCUUGGACGCAGCCAUGGAUACCCACGAGCGCUUGUAUGGCUCGAUGGCGAAUAUUUCUUCGCACACCGCAUUUCUAGCCAAGCGCCUGUAUGAUCGCCUGUCUGUCCUAUCACAUUGGAACGAUCUACAUGUCUGCCAAAUAUAUCAACCCAGUUCCGCCACAUAUGAAUCUCCGCUCACCCAGGGCCCUAUUCUGGCAUUCAAUUUGAGGAACAGCCAGGGCGAGUGGAUCCCUAAGACUGAAGUGGAAAAAUUGGCAACUGUACAGAAUAUUCAAAUUCGGACUGGUUCGGUUUGCAACCCCGGGGGCACGGCCUCGUCUCUUGGAUGGACUGGCAUGGAACUGCGUCGUCAUUAUACGACAGGGUUACGCUGCGGUGAUGACAACGAUAUCCUAGGUGGUCGACCCACUGGUGUCUUGCGUGUUAGUAUUGGUGCAAUGACAAAUCUCAAAGAUAUUGACUCUUUUGUUGAUUUCAUUGCGGAGUUCUAUGUGGAGAAUGCUCCUCCUGUCGUGUCCGUGAACCCACCCACUAAUGAUUCGGUCGGUCGCCACUUUUACGUCGAAAGCCUUGCAGUAUUUCCAAUAAAGAGCUGCGGUGCUUUCAAGAUCCCCGAAGGCAAGAGAUGGGAAGUCAAAAGAGAAGGACUAGCAUGGGAUCGAGAGUGGUGUCUAAUCCACCAAGGAACCGGUGCAGCAUUGAAUCAAAAAAGAUACCCACGGAUGGCACUGAUCAGGCCAUCCAUUGACCUGGAUCGUGGGGUGCUCCGCAUUACCUGUGGAGUCAUGACCGACUCUGUGAGUCUCGAGAUCUCCCUCGGAUGGGAAGAUACAACCCUCAUAUCCACCUCACUAUGUCCAAGUACUACAAAGCGGACAAUAGUAUGCGGCGAUCAAGUCUCUCUACAUGCCUACGCCUCACCAGUGGUAUCGGCAUUCUUCUCCGAUUUCCUUGGUGUCCCAUGCACACUAGCUCGAUUUCCCAGCCAAACAGCUAAUCGGUUCUCCCGACCGAACCGUCUGUCCAACACAUGGAAAAACAAGUUCCGGAAGCUCCUCAUGCCGGGCUCAUACCCACCCGACCUACCACCACCCGCUCGUGAUAUUGCUCGGAGCCCUAUUCUACUCUCCAACGAGAUGCCCAUCCUAGUGGUCUCGCGUUCGUCAGUUAACCGGCUGAACGAAACCAUCAAGGCAAAAGGGAAGCCUGGUACCGGUGCGAGCAAGGCUGUUUCAGCUGAUGUGUUCCGUGGUAAUAUCAUCGUCGCUGAACGACUUGCUCGGAUGGGCGAUGUGGAGCAACCCUACAUUGAGGAUCACUGGUCUUCUAUACGCAUUGGACCUGAUCAGCUUCGUAUAGAUGUGUUGGAAGCAUGUGAGCGCUGCCAGAUGGUCUGCAUCGAUCAGUUUACUGGACAGAGGCGCGAGGAGCCGUUUUCUACUCUUGCAAAAACCAGAAAUGUAGAUGGCAAAGUGAACUUUGGAAGAUACGCGGCUCUUUCCAGAGAGGAAGCCGAGGCCUUUGCUUCGGAGUCGCCAGAUCGCUUGACAGUGAUGGUGGGAGAUGUUGUUGUGCCGGCAUUUUAA